CGACGACGACGAAGACGACUUCCCCUCCUGCGCGUGGCCGAAUGCGUUUCUCCACCGGAAAAACGCCGGAGGCGCGCCCCUGCGAGUCUGGACCGGGCGGGCCCUCGGCGGCGCACUGGGCACCUGCUGGAGGCUUCCAGGAGGCCUCCCGGGGGAGGAGGAGGGGUGGGCGCAGGAACGGGGAGGGGGAGGGGGAGGAGGAGACGGCGGGACCGCGUGGGCGGCUGGGUCCACGGCGGCGCUGCAAGACCCCAGGCGUCCCAGCCGAGGGGCCCCGAGGGAGGGCAGAGGAAACGCCGACCGUCGCGACUGCCCUCAAUGACGCCCGUCAAGGGAACCCAGCGCUGCACGGCCCCUAUCCAUCAGCGGCGCGUGCGGGGGGGGCUAGCGCCCGACCGCGCGCGCGAGAGGCACCUCACUCCAGCGAUGCGCUGAGCACCCUCGCAGCGGCCUCGCGCACGGCCUGGAGCUCGGCUGGGUCGUCGCGGGCGGCCUCCACGGCGCCCAUGAACGGCGAGGCGUAGUCCCCCAUCUUGCCGAGCGCCUCG